UCAUCUCUGAUCUCUCUCCAUUUGUUUUUCUCUUUUAUAAACAAAGCGUUCAAAUUCACAACACCCUAGAAAGUUGCAGAUUCUUUCUACACAGUACACUCCAGCUAUUAAUACUCUCUCUACUGACUACUCUUUCUCUGACUCUCGAAAAAGUGUGCAAGAGCCAAAAGUGACCUCUUUACAAUAAAGAAUUCCCAGUGUUCUCACGUUCCCGUUCUCAUCAAUGGAGGCUUAAUGGGUUACUGCACUUUUGUUCUCCAGCUGUUUCCCAAUUCCACAGGCGGGUCUUUUGGCUUUGUGGGUUUUUUUUCCACUGACGACUGCUUGAGCAUGGUUUGCUGAAAAAGUUCUGCUCCGUGUGUUUAAUUUCAGGGUUUGGUUUUCGGUUUCACUUUUCAGAAUGAGGAGGAACAUCAAUUGGUUGCAUUUAAUGGUGGUGCUUUGCUUGGGAAUUCUAGUGGGGACUCUAUGUCAGGAUUUCUCAGAUGAUGAAACUUCUGCUAUUUACAUUGUCACUCUUAAACAACCUCCUGCUGCACAUUACUUUGGAGAAGAGCUCAAGACGAGGACUCGUGGGAUCAAACACGCUGGUGCUGGGAGACUGACCAGAUGGGACAAACCAAGGAAUACAUCAAGAACUGAUAAGAGGUCUGGUUCAUAUAUCGCUCGAGUUCAUGAUUCAUUAUUGAGGAGGGUAUUGAGGGGGGAGAAAUAUCUGAAGCUGUACAGUUAUGACUUCUUGAUCAACGGAUUUGCUGUUCUUGUUACCCCACAGCAGGUAGAGAAGCUUUCAAGGAGGAAAGAAGUGGCAAAUGUGGUUUUGGAUUUCUCUGUUAGAACUGCAACCACCCAUACUCCUCAGUUUUUGGGUCUCCCGCAAGGGGCAUGGGUACAGGAAGGCGGAUAUGAAACUGCUGGAGAAGGAAUUGUGAUUGGUUUGGUUGAUACUGGGAUUGAUCCUACUCACCCUAGCUUUGCAGAUGAUAUAUCCAAUCACUUGUACCCUGUCCCUUCUCACUUUACUGGUAUCUGUGAGGUCACACGUGAAUUUCCAUCCGGUUCAUGCAACAGGAAGCUUAUUGGAGCUCGGCAUUUUGCGGCAUCUGCUAUAACCAGAGGGAUAUUCAAUUCUACCAAGGAUUAUGCAUCGCCAUUUGAUGGUGAUGGCCAUGGCACGCACACGGCUUCUGUAGCUGCAGGAAACCAUGGAGUUCCAGUGGUAGUUGCUGGGCAUGACUUCGGAAAUGCAAGCGGGAUGGCUCCUCGUUCACAUAUAGCUAUAUACAAGGCAUUAUACAAGAGUUUUGGAGGGUUUGCAGCAGAUGUUGUCGCUGCUAUAGAUCAGGCAGCACAGGAUGGGGUGGACAUUAUAAACUUAUCUAUUACACCCAACAGACGCCCUCCUGGUGUUGCUACUUUUUUUAAUCCCAUAGAUAUGGCUUUGCUAUCAGCUGUAAAGGCUGGUAUCUUUGUUGUGCAAGCAGCUGGCAAUACUGGACCAUCACCUAAGAGCAUUUCGUCCUACAGUCCCUGGAUCUUCACGGUUGGUGCUGCUUCACAUGACAGAACAUAUACCAACUCUAUAGUCCUUGGAAACAAUGUAACUAUUCAUGGGGUUGGACUUGCAUCUGGAACAGACGGAGAUCAAAUGUACACACUUAUCUCUGCACUUGAUGCUCUGAACAAUGAAACAACAAUUGCUGAUGAUAUGUAUGUGGGUGAAUGCCAAGACUCUAGUGGCUUUGAUCAGAAUAGGGUCCAGGGAAACCUCUUAAUCUGUAGCUAUUCAAUCCGGUUUGUACUUGGGCUCUCCACCAUCCAACAGGCUUCACAAACAGCCAAAAACCUCAGUGCAGCUGGUGUGGUGUUCUACAUGGAUCCUUUUGUUAUUGGUUUUCAGCUUAAUCCAACUCCAAUGAUAAUGCCCGGCAUUAUUAUUCCAUCUCCAGAUGAUUCCAAGAUUCUACUUCAAUACUACAAUUCUUCUUUGGAGAGAGAGGGACUUACAAAGAAAAUUGUCAGAUUUGGGGCGGUUGCAAGCAUUUCAGGAGGACUUAAAGCAAACUACAGUGUAUCUUCUCCAAAGGUAAUGUAUUAUUCUGCUAGAGGACCGGAUCCUGAAGACAGUUUUCUUGAUGAUGCUGACAUCUUGAAACCAAACUUAGUUGCUCCUGGAAAUCUUAUAUGGGCUGCUUGGAGCUCGCUUGGCACCGACUCAUUUGAAUUCCAAGGUGAGAGCUUUGCAAUGAUCUCUGGAACAAGUAUGGCGGCUCCUCAUGUUGCUGGGCUUGCUGCGCUGAUAAAGCAAAAGUUCCCCAGCUUCACUCCUGCUGCCAUUGGUUCUGCACUCUCUACAACUGCUUCUCUAUACGACAAGAGUGGUGGGCCAAUAAUGGCUCAGCGUGCCUAUGCCAAUCCUGAUCAGAAUCAAUCUCCCGCAACGCCAUUUGACAUGGGCAGUGGUUUUGUGAAUGCAACUGCUGCUCUUGAUCCUGGUCUCAUUUUUGAUGCAAGUUACGAUGUCUACAUGUCGUUUCUUUGUGGCAUUAAUGGAUCUGCUCCCGUGGUCUUAAACUACACUGGCCAGAACUGUUGGGUGUACAAUUCUACCAUCACUGGUGCAGACCUGAACUUGCCUUCAAUCACAAUUGCUAAGUUGAAUCAAUCUAAAACAAUCCAAAGAGUAGUGACAAACAUUGCUGGCAAUGAGAGUUACAGCAUUGGUUGGAGUGCUCCUUAUGGAGUGUCAGUCAAGGUGAAUCCCACUCAUUUCUCCAUUUCCAGUAUGGAGAAGCAGGUAUUGAGUGUUACUCUUAACGCGACACUCGACACCUCUGCUGCCAGCUAUGGAAGAAUCGGGCUUUUUGGAAAUCGAGGUCAUGUUAUCAGCAUUCCAUUGUCAGUUAUUGUGAAAAUCUCUGCUAAUGGCACUAACAAUAACAGGUGAAUGAAUUAACUUGUGUUUCUUCCCACCAUCUACCACUUCUCUGUGAUCUAGUAUUUGAUUUUCAUUUGGUUUUUGCGUUUGAUAAAUGUAUUAACCGAUUUUUUCAUUCAUUAUGAUGUAAUCAUGUAAAUGUCUUUAGCAUUUUGUAUGUAGAUACAGUGAUUGAUUAAUAAUACAGACAUGCGCUUUCUUUUA